CCAUGUUCGUGACUGACGCAGAGCCAUGCUGCAUGUUCAACAUUUUCUCCACGGUUUCAGGCUUAUUUCUCGCAGUUAUCGACUCGCCCCGAGAGAGCCUCGAGCGAUCCAAUCUAUUAUCCUUGUGAACUUUAAUCUAUCGCGUCAUCGUCUCGUCAAUCUAUUCGAAAAUAAAACAUCGGAAUGUAACGUCGCGGAUGAAAAGUUGCGUGACAAAUUAUUAUCUAUGACUGCAUCAAUAUAUCACAGAGUAGCAGGCACGCGUGCAACUUCAGACGAGUCUUUUCACUCCUGUGUUGUUGGUAACAUCGGCUGCUAGGUGUACGAGUAACCGGCGCAGUUCACGCUGGUAACAAGUAACAAACGAACAACGCCGAAUGUGUUUUCCGAGCCGCGACGCCCCGUUGCAACGUCAUGUGAUAUCCUAACCAACAUUCCGCAACAGCAGCAGCAGCGGCGUGAUCACCGUUAAUCUAUCCGCGUUACACCCUGCCUGAACACCUACCAGCGGCGAUUGAUCCUGGAAAAUGCGAUAACAUGUCGGGCGUAUUCGAACACUCAAUAAAAGUACCGAGGCUUUACAAAACCGUUGCUAAAAUUGUACAAACUGUUAGGGAAGACGGUGCCAGCCUCAAACAGUUAGUUUAUCUCAAACAGCAUCCCAAUAUUAAGGCGUUGUAUGCUCUCGCGCUCACGAGUCUCCAGCACGCUUCUCAACUGGAUCAGCUUAUUCGUCGAACAAAGAUACUGGUAAACGAGCCCCGACUUGACCCAUGGCUAGCCAGAGUUUUGAUCACUGAAUUAUUGUGGGGAAAAAAGCACUUGAGCUCAGAAUGCAAGCCAGUGUUAACGGUUCUUGCCUAUGAGAAAUCAUUGAAGGAUGAGCUAAAGAAUACAGAGUCAUUUGUAAACCCUGAGAAUAAGCUAAAAGUUGAAAAGCCAAGAUAUGUCAGAGUCAAUACAUUGUCGAUGUCCGUGGAGGAGGCGAUCGAGUCUUUCAAAGAAGAAGGAUGGCGUCAAUUGCACAGGAGCAAAGAUUAUGUUGAGUUUAUCGAGGCUGUGUCAAAGCUGAGCGGUGCGGCUUUCAUCCAAGACAUACACGUCCCGGAAUUAAUGAUAUUUCCGGCAAAAACGCAAUUCUACAACCACGCCGGCUACAUUAGCGGGUCAAUAAUCUUACAGGACAAGGCAAGCUGCUUGCCAGCCUAUCUACUCGAUGCUCGGCCAGGAUCUACUGUACUUGACAUGUGCGCUGCGCCAGGAAUGAAGACAACGCAUUUAGCUGCGAUGCUCAAUAAUAAAGGAAAGAUCUACGCGGUGGAAAUCGACAAACGAAGGUAUCAGACGCUCUGUGAAAUAGUCGCAUCGACAAACUCUCAUUGCGUAGAAACCAUCAAUGCCGAUAUAAUGACGCUGGACGCCCGACAAUGCCACGAUGUUGAAUAUAUUUUGGUAGAUCCAAGCUGUUCUGGUUCAGGAAUGCUCGACAGGCUGGACAUCGAUUCCAAUACCGAAAAAUGCGCACCCGGAAGAUUAAAGAAUCUACAGUCGUUUCAGGUGAUAAUACUUCGUCAUGCUCUCCUAAAUUUUCCCAAGGCAAAGCGGAUUGUUUAUUCAACUUGUUCUCUCUAUCCCGAAGAGAAUGAACAGGUCAUCGACGACGUUAUAUCCCAGGUUGGCGAUGCGUACAAACUAGUAUCAGCGAAAACACUUAUGAAUGAGAACUGGCUGAAUUACAGUUCGACAGAUUAUAAUUGUAAGGAUAAUUGCUUGUAUGCUAGACCCGAGACUGACUUGAGUAACGGUUUCUUCGUGGCUGUUUUUGAGAGGAAUUUUGACGCUCCGUUACCAGAUAUUAAACGCAAAAAGCAUAAACUUGGAGCUGAUACAAUCAAAGGACAAAACGGUGUGGAGUCAAGUGAAAUUCAAUCUAACAAGAAAGAUAAGAAAAAGAAGCAGAAGCACUCCAAUGAACAUGCGUCGAGUAAUGAAAACGGUGGCGCAACUGUUACGCUGGGAAGUGAGGAAAUCACUGCCGAUUACGGAACAGUAAUUCAAGGAGGAACAGACGUAGUACGAAAGAAGAAAAAGAAGCGAGCGAAGGACUUUGACGUAGCAGAGAACGCAGGUGCAGAAAAAAAUUCUCAGAAUGAUUGCGACAAAGUUAACAAAACUGAAGAAAAGAUAUCAAAACGCAAACACAAACACAGCGGUAGCGUGGAAACAAUUGCAGAAAAUUGCGACGAGUUGUCGACGAAGAAAAAGAAAUGUAAGAAAUCGCGAACGGAAGACAAAGAAAUUGACUCGGAUGCACUUCGAGGAGAUGAAGAAAGCGUUAAAAAGAAGGCAAAAAAAUCAAAGAAACAACGCGAUCGUGUAGAAACUGAAGACGAUGCGGAAAAUGAAUCGAAACACAAGGUAUCCAACGAUCAAGUUGACAAAACUGCCGACAGCGCAGACUCGGCGUCUCGCAAAAAACGUAAAAAGAGGAAAGUUUGAAUUGUUGCAGAAAUACUGUACCUAAAUAUUUCUCUAACAAUGACACAGCCUGCAAUUUCCUUACUAUAUCUUUCUCGGUAAAAACAUUUUGGCAAUGGAAUGGAAAAAAAAUUGAGGAACUCAUGAAAACAAAUAAAACAAAAAAAAACAAUAACAAGAAAAUCUCUGGUCACAGUUUUUGCGCAAAUGAAGAUGAACAAGAAUUAAACACUA